AACACUCACAUCCAAUGCUUCAACCAUAAGCCGACAACUACUGAAAUCACUAAGAAACCCAUUUAAUUGUCCAUCCAACUCCGUGUCAUCUGAAUGGCUCGUACCAAGCAAACCGCUCGCAAAUCCACCGGCGGAAAGGCACCGCGCAAGCAGUUGGCGACGAAGGCCGCCAGAAAAUCUGCUCCGGCCACCGGCGGCGUGAAGAAGCCGCACAGAUUCAGGCCAGGGACGGUGGCGCUCCGUGAGAUUCGGAAGUACCAGAAGAGCACAGAGCUCCUGAUCCGGAAGCUCCCGUUCCAGCGUUUGGUUCGUGAAAUAGCGCAGGACUUCAAGACUGAUCUCAGGUUCCAGAGCUCUGCCGUCUCUGCCCUCCAGGAGGCCGCCGAGGCCUACCUUGUUGGUCUCUUUGAGGACACCAAUCUCUGCGCCAUUCACGCCAAGCGCGUGACCAUCAUGCCAAAGGACAUUCAACUCGCCAGACGCAUUAGGGGCGAGCGUGCUUAAUCUCCAUCUUAUCAUCUCUGUAUAGACAAUUUUAAGUUGUUGUUUCUUGUUAAAUGUUUAAUCAAUGAAAUUAUCGCUUUUCGGCUGCAA